AUGCUCUCUACUGAUAUUGGCGGAUCUGCAGCUCCGGCGCCGGCCCUUCUCCCGUCUGACCGUCCGCCGGACACUUCUAGCCCGCCGGCGGCUAAUGACUCUACCGUUUUGGCUUUUAACACGAUUCAGGAUAAUAGUUCGUCGAAUAUGGCUAUUGAUUCUUCUCUUUUGAACCUGCAGGAACAGGAGAUCCACACGACGGCGACGGUGCCGCUAUCGGGACAAACAUCAGGUCUGGCCCCCGGGAUGGCUCUGUCGUAUGCUAAAGCAGCCAUGGGGGGGUCGCAGCCGACGGCAACCCCGAGUCAGGCGUUUCAGUGGACUCCGGUGGGUGAGCACGACCUUGUGACAGGUGAUCGGAACGGGGAACCGGCCCUAACAGUUUCAGCUGAAUUCAAAGCAAAGAUUUGUGCACCGUGGCAAAGGACGCUCGUGAUUCGCCUUCUUGGGUUGCGGAUUGGAUUUAUCACUUUGUGCAAUCGCCUGAAGAGUCUAUGGCGGCCGGUUGGAGCUAUGGAGGUUAAGGACCUGGAUCAUGAUUGUUUCUUAGUCAAAUUGGAUAACGAACAGGACUACUUCCGGGCUCUGACCGAUGGUCCGUGGGUGAUUUACGACCAUUAUUUGGUCGUUCAGCAAUGGACGCCGAAGUUUAAAGCUUCGGACCCGCUUCCGAAGACCAUGAUCGUUUGGGUUCAGCUCCCGGCUCUGAAAAUCCACUUCUACCAUAAGGAGGUUCUCACUACUUUGGGCAAUCUAAUCGGUCGGACUAUCAAGCUGGAUUAUCAUACUCUCACGCAGCAACGAGCUAAGUUUGCUCGCAUAGCGGUGGAGGUGGACAUUUCGAGGCCUCUAGUUCCGAGAAUCUGGCUAGAUGAUGAGUGGCAGAAGGUCGAGUACGAAAAUCUGCCGGAGGUGUGCUUCAAGUGCGGGAAGAUUGGACAUCGCUCCGGUUCCUGCCCGAGGAAUUCUAUCGGAGCCUCAUCGGCUCUGGUGGAGGCCGCCGGCGAUCUGUCGUUGACCAGACCCCGUCCCCGCCGGAGGAACCCAACCAGGGGUUCGGGCCGUGGAUGCUAG